CCAAGGUGGCACGUUGGUGCGUCCUGCGUCUUGGCUUCAGUCAUCUACCUAGCGUACGCAGCGUCAAGACUCCUCUCGGUGCAUGCUUGCGCUGCAUUUCUGGUGGUCUUUAUGGGCUACAUCGUCUUCUCAUCGCUGCUGCAUGUGAUCUUCUACCGCCGCGGUCCAGUCCACGUUCGCUCUGUCCACCACGGGUCGUUGAUCUCGUUCAAUCUCAUCAUGGCGGCAGCGUACGCCAUGGUGUCGACAGAACUGCAUGUGCGAGGUCUCAGUCUCAUGCAGUUCGACGCGGUAUGGCCUUCGUGGCUGGCCAUAACCGGCCAAGUGGUGGGCGCGAUGUUGGGGGCCAACCACGUCGAGUACUACUGGCACCGCCUCCUCCACUCCCGCUUCCUGUACACCCGCGUCCACAAAGUACAUCAUCACUACAAGCAUCCCCACCCAUUCGACGACAUGUACAUGCAUCCGGUGGAAGGCGCCGCGUACUUCUUCAUCCUCUACGGCCCUCCUUUCGUUCUGCCCAUGCACGUAGUGUCGUUUGUGUUGUACAUGAUGGUCAUGGGUCUCUUCGGAGUACUGGAUCACUCGGGCGUGUCUUUCCACCUUCCGUACGUGUACAGCUCGACAGACCAUGCUACGCACCACACAAAAGUGAAUUCCAACCUUGGGUUUCCAUUCCCAUAUUGGGACCUCGUUCACGGCACAUAUGAUGGAGACUUUGGAGCCUAAGUUAGCCUAGUCGUGGUGUUGAGCUAUUAAACGUAGUGUUCGAAUGAAAAGUUG